CAAGGAGGAGAGUCUCAACCGCCUCAAAUGGAUCCUAUUAUCGAUCAAGGUCCUGCUAAGAGAAUGAAGUUCUAAGCUUAUAGUUAUGAAGAUUGUUUUCCAUCAUCUAUGCUUGUAAAUAGCUGCGAUGAAAGCUGGGUCAUCAAGUUCCACCAUCCUCCUAUACGUUAUUGUUCUCUCGCUGGUCUUGUCUCCAAUACUUCCAUGUCAAGCAACUAGUUUGCCUCUAGGAGUUGGAGGGCGUAAGUUGAUGGCGCCGUCACCACCAAUUCUCAUGUGUCCACAGUGUGCAUGUUGUGCACCUGCUCCACCCGGUUUUUGCUGCCCAUGUCGUUGUCCAGGCGGUCCCUAAAAAGUCGGUGAUGUCUGCCUCAUCAGAAGGGCUACUGUGAUGAGUUAUAUAUGUGUGAUCUUUUAGUUUAUAUGUAUAAAUAAGUAAAACAAAAAGUAUACUCUUACUCUGUGUGUCUGAAUAAGAAGGGUUCUGCUGUAUGUUUUUAAGUUCAUUAGUUUUGAUCCUUGGAGAAA